AUGGGUUUCGUCGGCGUCUAUACCGCCGUCUACGACUACCAGCCGCAAGGCGAGGGCGAGCUGCAAAUUAGCGAAGGCGACCUCCUCUACGUGCUCGAUAAAAACAGCGAUGACGACUGGUGGAAAGCCAAAAAGAAGGCCGAUGAUCCCGACGACGACGAGCCAGUAGGACUGGUCCCCAAUAACUAUGUCGAAGAGGCCCACCCCGUCAAUAACGCCAAAGCGCUUUACGAUUAUACACGGCAGACAGAUGAAGAAGUCUCGUUUUCCGAAGAAUCAGACUUAUUUGUAUAUGACAUUUCCGACCCCGACUGGACACUGGUGGGAACGGGAUCAGACUUUGGCUUUGCCCCGGCAAACUACAUUAAAUUGCUAGGAGAAUAUGUCGCGCCGCAAAAAAAUGGCGAAUACGACCAGGAGCCCGAAGACGAUUAUCACCAAACGCGUGCCAUUCCUGAACCUGAACCGUCGCCACCUCCGCCCGCGCUUCCACAGCGCCCAUCCCACGAUGAGCCGGAGGACUACGGGGCCGCUGUCCCAGACUCAAGCCCUGCCGCAGCGAUUGCCGGAAUACUUCAUAAACAACAUGGGUCAAUGUCGUCUCAUGAUACCUCUCGCAUGGUACAUCCGCCACCACAGCCGAUCGCCGCCACGGAAGAAGAAGAAGAAGAGCCUGCGCCGGCUCUCCCUCGCCGGCCACCCUCACAAGUGCAGCAGCAGACACCCCGAAUAGAGCACCAUGAGCCUUCAGAAGCAUCACCUCCGCCUCCUCCUCGGCCGCAGCCUUCUCAAGUCUCGUUCACUCGGGAAAGCGAUGCGCGGGUUCAAGAAUCACCUCCAUAUAGCCGUGUUGGGUACUCCGUGCCUUCUCCUCACUCCCCAUCCGGUUUUCGUAUUUACAACAUCAACGAAAUGAUUUCGGUCAUGGGCAAGCGGAAGAAGAUGCCCACCACACUGGGCAUCAACGUGCCCAAGGGAACCCUCUUCAUAUCGGCAGAUGGCUCCGAGGACGAUACCCAGCAAGAAUGGACCGCAGACAAACUCACCCACUACUCGAUCGAAGGAAAGCACGUGUUCAUCGAACUUGUUCGUCCAAGCAAAAGUGUCGAUUUCCAUGCUGGCUCCAAGGAUACCGCUCAUGAAAUUGUUGCCGCUCUGGGUGAAAUCGCCGGCGCAUUCAAGGCCGAAGGUCUACGGGAAGUUAUCGAAGCAGGACAGGGUGGUGGCAAUAUACAGAAAAAGGGACAGAUGGUUUAUGACUUUACAGCCCAAGGAAAUGAUGAAGUGACAGUCGCCGCUGGAGAAGAGGUCGUCAUCUUGGACGAUGCCAAAUCCGAGGAUUGGUGGAUGGUAAGACGAAUGAAGAACGGCCGCGAAGGCGUCGUUCCCGGCAGUUAUGUCGAAGUCACGGGAAUCAUCGAAGCGUCUCCCGCCUCCAACGCGGCGCGAUCACCAGCCAUUAAUAACAACAGGCUCGAGGAGGAACGGUUAACAAAGGAAGCCGUAAAGAAAUCACGGCAGGAUUCUGUUGAUUCUCCACGCUCUGAGGUAGGCCCAGACAUGAAACUCCCAGAAAGACGGAACAGUCUUCUUGCAUUGAAUGAUGGUAACAUAAGAUCACAGCGACACAAACGCGACAAAUCCGAUAAAAGUCUAAAAUCAAAACCUGAUCAAGCGAAAGUUAGGAAUUGGACGGAUCGAACGGGCACAUUCUCAGUUGAAGCUCAGUUCAUCGGCUUGCACGAUGGAAAGAUUCAUUUGCACAAGGUGAACGGCAUCAAGAUCGCGGUGCCUGUCGCGAAAAUGUCCGUCGAAGACCUCGAGUAUGUCGAAAAGAUGACUGGACAGUCAUUGGACGAAGACAAGCCUCUAUCGGACAUUCGCCGCCGAAGUCUGCAGCAAAAAGAAAGGGUCAAGAACGGGGGCCAUGUUAAUGAAUAUGACUGGUUUGACUUUUUCCUCAAAUCAGGCGUUGGUCCUCAUCAAUGCGAACGCUAUGCUCAGAAUUUUAGCAAGGACUCGAUGGACGAAGCAAUUUUGCCUGACAUCACGCCCGAGACCCUUCGCACGCUGGGCCUAAAGGAAGGUGAUAUACUCCGUGUUAUGCGUUACCUGGAUGCAAUGUUCAACCGCACUGGCGGCUCUAAAUCACGGAUGCGCAAUGUGAGCUUCGGUGGCGAGGAGGUCAUUGGAAAUGGUGAAGGGGAGGGUGGCCUUUUCUCAGGGCCUGGUGGCUCUCUUCGGAACAACACGUCUCGCAAAGGUCGUCCUGCUCCUACGGUGCAGACCAGUGAUGUCGUUGAUCCCAAGGCAUUCGCCAGCAAAGAUACUACAAGUCCACCUGUCGAGAGGGUAAAAACUCCUCCAAGCUCGGCGCCAACCCCGACUGCUGCCAAACCUGUCCAACGUGGAUUCGACGACGAUGCGUGGGACGUCAAACGGUCAAAGGAUCAACCAGCUGCAACUGCGACCCCCCCUGCUGCGUCUCAACCAGCACCGGCUGUUGUGGCUGUAGAACCACCCAAGCCGGCCGCACCGGUUGGUGCAAUGGCUGAUCUCACACUCCUUCAGACGCCUCUGCAGCCUUCUCCGGCACAACCCAGCCAGCCAGUGUCAGCAGCACCAGUGCCAACGCUAGCCCCAGCCCCAGCCCCAGCCCCAGCACCGGUACAGCCUCAACCAACUGUGACUGCUCCUCAGAUCCAACAGCCUCAGGCAACGGGUGCAAACCCUGGUUUCUUUUCUCAAUUGGGACACCUUCAGCCCCAGCAGACCGCUGUUCCAGCGCAGGCAGGCUUCUCUCUGCAGCCUCGUCAAAGACCUACUGCCCCUCAAGCAAUGAAUCAAAACUCUCUUCUCCCUCCACCGCCGCAGCGGCCACUAUCUGCUCCUCAGGACUUUCAGCAAAGUCAAUUUGCUCCUCCACCAUUGCAGCCUCAGUUGACUGGACUUCCUCCCAACGCGCCCCAAGUGGCUCCUCUCGGACAAAGUUUAGCAGAGCUCAACCAACAGCGAUACCAGCAACAGAUGCAGAGCCAGGCCACUGGGUUCCCUCAACAGCAGUUCCCCCAGCAACAGUUCCAAAAUGGCUUGAUGCCUCAGCCUACAGGUUUCGGGCAACCGCAGAACUCUCCAUUCGGAGUGCAACAACAACAAUUUGGUCCUCCUGGUCAGCAAUUCGGGACACUGGGUCUUCAGCCCACUGGAUUCGGUGGAUUCUCGGCUCCUCAGCAACAGCCCAUGCAAACGGGGCUUCCGCCUGCACUACAGCCUCAAAGAACCGCUGUCAAUGGGUAUGGAAGCAGUAUCAGCCCUCCACCCGUUCCUCCGAUCCCGCAAAACACAACAGCUGCACCUUUGCAGCCGCAGAAAACUGGACCGGCGCCUUCGAUUCGCUUUGGAGUCAAGGGGGAGGCCAAAAAGCUUGCCCCUCAGCCGACAGGGCGUGCCAACCUCGCACAAGCUACUCCUUCGAAUCCAUUCGGAUUCUAG